UAUGGAUCCUUUAUGGUGGUUCCUGGUCCCUGCAGAGAUUUCCAGAUUAGUAACAUGGACGUGGUAGAGGCUGAUCAACUAAGACACUAGCAGUUCAGCCCCCACAAACUUAACUUUUGUUGAGAAUUUUUCAAGAAUGAAAUUGGAUUAGACCCAGGAAUGACGUAUCCUGUUUGAUUUCUUUACCGCUUGUACUCUGACAAGCUUUGUGUUUAGGCAGGCUUUUGUUUCUGGCUCUGAACUGCUUUAAAAAAAUUGGGAGUGCGUCUCAGGGUGUCGAGGGCGAUAUGCUUGCACUGACUAGCGAGGUUUAGGUCGAGCUGUUUGCUUUGUUCUUCUCACCACCCCCAGGCCAGUUGUACAACAUGCCCGUACGGUUUAAAAAGGAAAGGAAAAAAAAAAAAAAAAAGAGAAAUGCUGAGUAAUGCCAGCGGUUUUUCAAAUGGCUGAUGCAAACCUGGAGAAUUUGCAUCAUCAUUCAGCUAGAGUAGCUUGGUAUGACAAGAGCUUAAAUACAAGUCCAUGCGGAAGCUGAGCUGGUUUCCAAUGAUAGGGCAGUACCACAGUGUGAAAACGCAGGUGUUCCUGAGCUGAGCUUGGAUCACAGGAAGGGCUCACAUACUCUUAAAGAGCUUGUUACCUGUGUGUAGGAGCAGCUGGAAAGAUAAGAGAAGACAGAGGAAGAGACAAAGUAGUUGGCUACAUAGAGGGGGGGAAAAAUCCCCUUCAGUUUCUGCUGAAAACUUUUCUGCCUGUGCUUGCCAGCAGUGUGUUGGUGGCACUGUAGCAUGUUUAGGAAAGCUGCCGUGCCCACGGUCUCUAAUGGAAGCUACUUGCAGGGACAAGGUAAUGGCAAGUUGUCCUCUAUGGACAGCAAACAGCCAGCCCAGGAGGGAAAAGUUAUGCUGAAGAGGAAAGUGACACUUUUGAGGGGGAUAUCCAUCAUAAUUGGCACUAUCAUUGGAGCUGGCAUCUUCAUCUCUCCCAAAGGCAUCCUGAAGAACACAGGCAGCGUGGGCAUGUCCUUGACUGUGUGGACAGUGUGUGGUAUCCUCUCACUUUUUGGUGCCCUCUGCUAUGCUGAACUAGGAACAUGCAUUAAGAAAUCUGGUGGUCACUACACCUAUAUCCUGGAGGCCUUUGGCCCAUUACCUGCAUUUGUGAGGGUCUGGGUUGAACUACUCAUCAUUCGCCCUGCUGCCACAGCAGUGAUAUCAUUGGCAUUUGGACGCUAUAUCUUGGAACCUUUCUUUAUGCAGUGUGAAAUCCCAGAACUUGCAGUUAAACUUAUUACAGCUGUCGGCAUCACACUGGUGAUGGUCCUGAAUAGCACAAGUGUCAGCUGGAGUGCCCGCAUUCAGAUGUUCCUUACCUUUUGUAAGCUUGUAGCAAUUCUGAUAAUUAUAGUCCCUGGAGUUAUCCAGCUAAUUAAAGGAGAAACACAGCACUUUAAAAAUGCCUUUGCAGGGAAUGAUGCCAGUAUUAUGGGAUUACCACUUGCUUUCUAUUCAGGAAUGUAUGCUUAUUCAGGCUGGUUUUACCUCAAUUUUGUUACCGAAGAAGUGGAAAACCCUGAAAAAAACAUACCCCUCGCAAUAUGCAUUUCAAUGAUUAUCGUCACAGUUGGCUAUGUGUUAACAAACGUGGCUUAUUUCACUACAAUCAGUGCUGGGGAAUUGCUGCUUUCAAAAGCUGUAGCAGUGACCUUUGCUGAACGACUAAUGGGAAACUUUUCUUUAGCUGUACCAGUGUUUGUUGCUCUCUCCUGCUUUGGAUCUAUGAAUGGUGGCAUUUUUGCAGUCUCCAGGAUGUUCUUCGUUGCAUCCCGUGAGGGUCACCUUCCAGAAAUUCUCUCCAUGAUUCAUGUCCGCAAGCACACUCCUCUGCCAGCUGUCACUGUUUUGCAUCCUCUCACAAUGAUAAUGUUAUUCAACGGGGAUCUCUACAGCCUCUUGAAUUUCCUCAGCUUUGCCAGGUGGCUUUUUAUUGGACUAGUAGUUGCUGGGUUGAUUUAUCUCAGAUAUAAACGUCCUGAUAUGCCUCGUCCUUUCAAGGUUCCUCUGUUUAUUCCAGCACUGUUUUCCUUCACUUGCCUCUUCAUGGUUGCGCUGUCACUUUACUCUGACCCAGUGAACACAGGGAUUGGAUUUGCAAUAACCCUGACUGGCAUUCCUGCCUACUACCUCUUUAUUGUAUGGGACAAUAAACCAAAGUGGUUCAGAAAGCUUCUAGGUAAGGUAACCAUAACAUUGCAAAUCCUCUUGGAAGUCAUCCCAGCAGAGGAAGAUCAGAAAUCAUGAUCAUCAUGUACAGCUUUUGGCUUGGUGUUUCAUUUCUACCUGAAAUAAAAAGAGUAGGGAGACUUACUCCCCUUCCUAACAUGCUGCAAACUGGAGGAACAAGUCACUUACCAGAAUUGUCUUUUAUAAUGCUGUUGCAAAAUUUUUUUUAACAUGGUUAUGUAUAUAUAGAAAGCAAGUACUUGUGCUAUGAGGGAACUCUUUACUAUUUCUUUUGGUACAGUGUCUUAUUUUAACAAACUGCAUUUGUUUUCCUUGUCACUGAAGAUAGGUUCAAGUAAUGUAUAAUAGCUGGGUGAACUGUGAAUAAUGUACCUUACUUUCUGUCCCUGGAGAUC